AUGACUUCGGGUGCCGAUGGACGAAACGAGCAACUGGACGAUGACCCACCCAUCAUCACUCUGCGUUCGGCGGCGAAAGAUAUCGCCAUUGGUAGUAUAGCAGGCAUGGUCUCGGAGGUGUUCGAGUACCCAUUCGACCUGGCCAAAGUCCGUCUGCAGUCCCAACUCUUGACUGCCUCGAGCACCUCGACUCUCCGCUUCAACGGGCCCGUAGAUUGCCUGAAGCAGACGUUUAGAGAUGAGGGAGUCCGAGGCUUGUAUCGGGGUCUGCCUGUGCCCAUUGUCGGCACCAUGGCUGAAACGGCGAUACUAUUCUUCGCAUAUACGUCGUUCCAGAACCUCAUCAAGAAAUACACCGGUUCCUCGUCGAAGCUUACUGCGACACAGUUCGCAAUUGCAGGUGGAUGCGCUGGGGCGACAGCGAGUUUUGUGCUGACUCCCAUCGAGCUGAUCAAAUGCAAGAUGCAAGUGCAGAUGAUGUCUGCAUCUGCAUCUGCACCGUCUGCGUCUGCAGCCCCCGCCUUCUCACCCCGUGCACCCGCCUAUCCCUCUUCUUCCCCGGGCUUCUCUUCCUCCUCCCAACCUAUCAUGGCCUCCCCUCCCCGUAACACCCGAUCCCAUUCCACGGCCCCAACUCCAAAAUACCCCGGUGCAAUCUCGCUCAUCCAAACAACCGUCCGUACGCAUGGCAUCACAGGGCUAUGGCUCGGGCACACCGGCACGCUGCUGCGCGAGGGCGGGGGCAAUGCCGCGUGGUUCGCGGUUAAGGAGACCAUCGCAGCUGCGCUCAUUCGACGACGUCUGCGGAAGCAACACAAGUCACUCCCUUCGUCAUCGUCGCCGUCGAUUGCGGCUGCGGGGGCGACGCCCCGCCCUCCGCGUCCGCCGCUAACAAGCAGCCAGCGGCGCCACGGGGCGGAUAUCCUGCCUUGGGAGUCGGCGGUAUCGGGUGCGAUUGCGGGUGCGUGUGGGACUGUGGUGUCGUAUCCAGCGGAUACGGUGAAGAGCGCGAUGCAGACGUCGGAAGAGAUUCGGGCGGGGAGACAACAUCUCUCGAUGGGUAUUUCGCCCUCCAGUCCAGCGGGAUUUGUGGCGACGUUCAAGCGGAUGUACGCUACCCACGGGGUGCGGGGCAUGUACGCGGGGUGUGGGAUGACCGCCGUCAAGGCCGUCCCGAUCAGCGGGAUCCUGUUCGUGGUAUACGACGGGCUGAACUCUUUGGUGGACAAGUAUUUCGUUGUCUAA